AAAUAACAUUGAGCUGAAAAAAGGCGAGAAGUAUCAGGAUUCCGAGAGGAUCCGAAUCAAAAGAAAGAGGGAAUAUGUCCGUUGUUCAAACAGAAAGAAUACCAAAUAAGGGAAGUGGAAAAAGUCAAAAUCGGGAAAAGAUUUACAGAUGCAAUAUCUGUGGUAAGAGGUUUAUGCGUAUGGAGAGAUUACAGGGACAUCUUACUAUACACAUUGGCAAAAAAACAUACAAGUCUAAAAUCUGUCAGAAGGUGUUUAGUUCCAAUGUGGUGCUCCAGAAACAUAGAACCAUACACAAGGACAAAAAAACAUACCAAUGUGAGAUUUGUCAGAAGGUGUUCAGUUCCAAUUCAUUGCUCCAGAAACAUAGAACCAUACACAAGGACAAAAAAACAUACCAAUGUGAGAUUUGUCAGAAGGUGUUUAGUUCCAACUCAUUGCUCCAGGAACAUAGAAUUGUACACACUGAGAAAAAAACAUACCAAUGUGAGAUUUGUCAGGAGGAGUUCAGUUCCAGCUUGGUGCUCCAGGAACAUAGAAUUGUACACACUGAGAAAAACACCUAUAAUUGUGGUAAGAAAGAGUUCAGUAUGGAGUCGGUACAGAGACAUCAAAUCAUACAAAAUGAAAGUUCAUACAGUUGCAGCAUAUGUCAGAAGGGCUUUAGUUCAAAAUCCAUGCUUGAGAAACAUUGCAGUACGUUUGUUCACUUACAUAAAGGUGAACCUUUCCCCUGUGACGUUUGUGGAAAAGAAUUUUCUUUCAAGAGUGUUCUAAAGAAACAUCAAUGCAAGCAUGUAGACACAAGUUCUGAAGAAGUAGCAUAUGAAUGUAAUAUAUGUAGUAGGAAGUUUUCUGUUAAGUCUAAUUUUGAAGAACAUCUAAAGUCGCAUGUGUUUGAACCUGCUGAAGAGAAACCCUUUCGAUGUGAAAGCUGUGGUCGAAGGUUUCAAAGGAAGGUGCUGUUUCUGAGACAUCUAAAUGCACACACUGGAAAUAAACCAUUCAGGUGUAAGAUCUGUUUACGGGGAUACGGCUCCAUAGAAACAUUGCAAAGACAUACACUUUCUGUAGGAACACCCAUUACCUGCGAGGUCUGUGGUAAAGUGUUUUGUUCCAAGGCUAAGCUGCGGAGACACCAACAGGCCCACACUGACAGGAGCAAGGAGUAUCAAUGUUAUGAGUGUAGCAAGGAGUUUAAUCGAAAGGACAGUCUGUUGCGACAUCUUCGUAAACACACUGGAGAAAAACCGCACCGAUGCCACAUCUGUAAAAAGCAGUUUAGUGAGGCUGGAAACCUACAAGCUCACCACUUGGUGCAUUCGGGUGUGAGACCUUACAAGUGUUGUGUGUGUGACAGGCUGUUUCUUUACAAGGCAGAUAUGCUGAAACACAUGAUGAUACAUUCUGGAGAAAAGCCGUUCGAAUGUGACAUAUGUGGAAGGAAAUUCCGUUUAAACACUUUAAUGCAGAGGCAUCGUCUAAUACACCAGGCUCCACAGGAAGUACAACACCACAAGUGUGACAUUUGUGGUGGAGUUUAUACACGAAAAGACAAUUUAAUCAGGCAUAUUCGCCUACACAAGAAGGAAGUCUAUCACAGGGAUAUGUUGUGAAAGGUUCUGUAGGGUUUAUAUCAUGACAUGACUUUAACAGGAGAGUUUAUCAAACAUCAGUUUUUAUCAUGAGAUUCUGUUGCAGUGAUUCUGUUGAUUAUAACUCUAGCAAAUUAACAGAUGAUGAGACCAUUCUAGCUGGUCAAGGGGAAUCCUUAUAUCACUGAAGACUUGGCAACUUAAGAUCCUAGGAGUAACAUGGAUACUUCAACUGUGGGGUUUAAUGUCUAUGUUUGUUUAUACGUAAAUCGUUUAUGUAGUGAUCUGUAGGGAAUUAUAUACAUAAAUGGUUUAUGUAGUGAUCUGUAGGGAAUUAUAUACAUAAAUGGUUUAUGUAGUGAUCUGUAGGGAAUUAUAUACAUAAAUGGUUUAUGUAGUGAUCUGUAGGGAAUUAUAUACAUAAAUGGUUUAUGUAGUGAUCUGUAGGGAAUUAUAUACAUACAUGGUUUAUGUAGUGAUCUGUAGGGAAUUAUAUACAUACAUGGUUUAUGUAGUGAUCUGUAGGGAAUUAUAUACAUAAAUGGUUUAUGUAGUGAUCUGUAGGGAAUUAUAUAC